AUGCUCAGGAAAGAAAACAUCCACUUCCGAAAGACAAACAAGAACACCGUCGUCAAGCGGGUACGCGAAGCAGUCAAGGUCGAAUCCAGUCUUUUGAGUGCUGAGCAGGAAUACUACCUGAUCCCGGAUUACUCUGUUGCUUUGCGAUAUGUUGAAUUGUUGGAGCAGGAGGAGCUAACAAACAUCAUUUUCGCGGAGACGAUUCUUCAACGGUUACAGAGCGAGGACAAGUCAAGAACGUACAAGAGCUUGCGUCAGGUUGCCAAGGAUCCUCGGCGUCGGAGUGUUGUCUUCAGUAACGAGCACUGCAAGGAAACUAACGUCCUACGGGAGCCCGAGGAAUCGGUUGAGCACCGGGAUUGGCGAGCGCUCGUGCAAACUGCGGCAUGGUAUCGGCGUCACUUGCACGGAAGCGCUGAUAUCAUUCUACUCUCAGAAGAGUUCAAGCAGGAGGAUGUUUUGAGGAUUGAUGAUACUACAGGAAUUACAGUUAUGAGUUUGAAGGAAUACCUGACAAAGUUCUGGCCAAAGACCGCAGUAUUGCAUGAGCUCUUGACGUCGUUAAAGGAGGCUAUUCUGGAGGAGGACCUCGAGAACAAAACCCAUGGUUCGACCAGUUCAAAGAAGUCAUCUGGAGGAACAGGAUACCAGGAAUACAAACCACUCUCGGAGCUGGAGGCAGGUGUCAAGUCGGAACGGUUCUUCCAGGGAGUGAUGCGAGUCCGCGCCAACCAUCGGGAUCAGGCUUUUAUCCGGGGAGACGCAAACAUCGGCGAGAUUGUCAUUGUAGGAUCGGAGCACAGGAACCGAGCAGUUCACGGCGAUGUCGUUGUUGUUGAGCUUUUGAAUAAGUCUUCCUGGGUGGCCCCUUCCACACAUAUCUCAUACAAUCCUGAAGAAGUCCAUGCGGCAGCAGAGGAUGAAGAAGAGAGCUCGAGCGGGGUUCGCACUCGUGAAGUGAAGCCUACCGGUCGAGUGGUCGGUAUCAUGUCUAGGAACUGGCAGCCCUAUGUCGCCACUUUGCAGGAGGGCUCUGAAAAGGACACAGGAUCGUUCCAUCUGGUUCUGCCCUUGAACCCCAUCAUCCCUAAAAUCAGGAUUCGACACCACGACGCCAAGGUCCUCGCCAACCAGCGAAUUGUUGUUCGUAUUGACAGCUGGCCUGUCAACUCACAAUACCCUAAUGGACAUUACGUCAGGAGCAUCGGACCAGCACACGAUCUGGACACGGAGAUUUCUGCUAUUUUGAUCGAGCACGGCAUCUCUGUUUCCCAGACGACCCAAGGUUUCAGCGAGGGCUCAUUGAAGGAGAUGCCUAUCAAUACCAAGGAGCGUCCCUGGGUAGCAGAUACAGCAGAGUUGAGCAGGCGUCGGGAUCUGAGGAAUCACACCGUUUUCAGCAUCGAUCCUCCCAACUGUCAGGAUAUCGACGAUGCCAUCUCUAUCAAGGAGAUCGGGAACGGACAGAUUGAGUUUGGAGUACACAUUGCCGAUGUCAGUUACUUUGUCAAAGAGAACUCGUUGACAGAUCUAGAGGCAAGGGCUCGUGGAACGACAGUUUACUUGUCUGACCGUCGUUUCGACAUGUUGCCUAAAGUGCUCAGUGAACAGCUCUGCUCACUUCGUCACCAUGUUGACCGAUACGCCAUGUCGGUGAUGUGGACACUGGACUCGGAGGCAAAUGUAUUGACAACGUGGUACGGACGUUCAGUGAUUCGGUCUGCUUGCGAGAUGGAGUAUGAGCAAGCACAAGGUCUGUUGAACGGCAAGGAUGUUGUACCAGGACUGGACGCCAAGCUCUGCAAGCAGCUCAAGCCGUUUGUUGUAUUGCUCGCAAAGACCAUGCGCAAAGUCAGAGCUCGCCGCAUGGCAAAGGGAGGCUUGGAAUUGGAGAGCUCAGAGGUCAAGUUUAAGUUCAAGGAGGAAGGCGGAGGGAUCUCGGACAUCCUGCCAAAGCAGCCUCUGGAGGUGCAUCAGAUCAUUGAGGAGGCCAUGGUCAUGGCUAACGGCCAUGUCGCCCAGCGGAUCUACCAAGGAUUCAGAGAGUCGGCCAUGCUCCGUCACCAUCCUCCCCCUAUUGAGAGUCACUUCAAGAUGUUGCUCCGUGCCGCUGAGAGCAGGGGUUUCUCCAUUGAUACGACGUCGAACCUGGCCCUGGCUAAUUCGCUGAGGGAGUGUGCGGCCAAGAGCGAAAAUGAUAUCGAGUUUGUCAAGUUGUUGAAGACCAUGGCGACGAUGGCAAUGUCUGAAGCAAGCUAUAUCUCUUCAGGAUCCAUGGACGCCAGCAAAUACGCCCAUUAUGGUCUUGCCCUUGACUUUUAUACCCACUUUACCUCCCCAAUUCGUCGAUAUGCAGAUCUGGUGGUGCAUCGACAGUUGAUGUCAUGUCUUAUGGGAUCAACUCCUCAAACGACCGACAACUCGUCCGACUUUUUGAAGAACGGUCUUAAGAUGGAACAAGUGGCUGGCCAUCUCAACUACAAGAACCGAGAAUCCAAACUGGCCCAGAAGGACUCAACCGAACUCUUCCAGACCCUCUACGUACUCCAAAAGACGCGGAACCCGGCGGCGGUCGAGAAUGGGGGUGAUGAUCCCGAGGCGGAGGAUCUGCCGUUCACCGAGACGGGAAUUGUCUCUGAGAUUCGGGAGAAUGGGUUCUUUGUGUUUGUGCCCAGGUUUGGGAUUAGGGGGCCUGUGUACCUGAAGGAGAAGUCCGGUGAGAUUUCGAUCCCGCUUUCGGCGCUCAAGCUUGAUGGCGGUAGUGGAGGAAAGGACCAUUUGGUGUCGAUUGCCGGGUGUGAGAUGGAUACGGAUUUGAUGACACAGAUCUCGGUCAAGGUCCCGCCACAGGCUUUGGGAUCCCAUGCGUCUUCACCAAACGUGUCGAGUCUUGUCCAGUUCCGGUUGUUUGACAAAGUCAAGGUUGCUCUGAGACUCAAGAAAUCGCUCGCUCAUCGACAUACGAUCUAUAUGACCCUGAUUGGACUGGACCGCCAAGGCGCCCCCGCUUCUUCUGGUCCUGGUAAACCAAGAUUAGGGACCACGGCGACAGGACCUAUGAAGGGGCAUAGCGGUCGACUGUUCAAGAAGGCGGGUGAGCAGUUGAAGCAAGAUGAGGUUAAGAGGAUUGCUCAACAGGAUCCUUCGUUGGCGCCGCUGUUGCAACGCGAUUUGAUCCAGGGCAUUCAGGAGGGCCAGCAACAGCGACAGCAACAAAAGAAAGGCAGUGGCAAGAAUUUGAGGAAGCAACAGCAGGUUGUGGAUCCGGAUGAGGUGUAUUACCAGUCGCGUCCAGAGUCGAGUCUUUACAACCUGAUCGAGUCGUUUGAUCGGUUCCGUAUCGUAGAAUCCAACGAGUCACCCUCAUCCUAG